AAAAAAAAAAACGUAACGAUAAUAAGUAGCGCUUUUCUACUUUGAUUGAAAUUUUUCUAUUCAAAUUCUUUUUCUAAAAAAUUUCAAGUAUUUCUCUUUCCGAAUUUAAUGCGAAUGAGACACAAAUAUUUGAUUCUACUUUAAAUAUCUAAUUCCAGAGAAUUAUUAAGUCUAGUGAGGAUGAUCGUCUUCAAUUAAUAAAGUAAAAUGUCGGCAGUUAGCGCUGCGCUACUGUAACGCGUAAAAUUCCUCUGCAAUUCUCUAUCUAAUUGUCACGUUGUUCAUGGUCAGGCUAAGAAGCAGGUCUCGUUCUGUCUUCGCCGGAGCCGCAAAAUAGUUGUCAAAAUGGCGGGUGAAGGUUCUGCAAGUGCUAAUCCAAAUUGUGAAGUCGUGCGUGGACAAACGUUUGAAGUUGGUCCACGAUACACGAAUUUGUCCUACAUGGGCGAGGGUGCCUACGGGAUGGUUGUAUCUGCUUAUGAUAAUGUAACAAAAACAAAGGUAGCCAUUAAAAAAAUUUCACCCUUUGAGCAUCAGACAUACAGUCAAAGAACAUUAAGAGAAAUAAAAAUUUUGACUAGGUUUAAGCAUGAAAAUAUAAUAGAUAUAAGGGAUAUAUUAAGGGCACCUACUAUAGAACAAAUGAAAGAUGUAUAUAUUGUUCAGUGUCUAAUGGAAACUGAUCUCUAUAAACUUCUCAAAACACAGGCUAUUAGUAAUGAUCACAUAUGCUAUUUUCUUUACCAAAUAUUGAGAGGAUUAAAGUACAUUCACUCUGCAAAUGUAUUACACAGAGACUUGAAACCAAGCAACUUGCUAUUAAAUACCACAUGUGACCUUAAAAUUUGUGAUUUUGGUUUAGCUAGAGUUGCUGAUCCAGAGCAUAAUCACGCUGGUUUUCUUACUGAAUAUGUAGCAACAAGAUGGUAUAGAGCUCCAGAAAUAAUGCUUAAUUCCAAGGGUUAUACAAAGUCUAUAGAUAUUUGGUCAGUUGGUUGCAUUCUUGCAGAAAUGCUUUCAAGAAGAGCAAUAUUUCCUGGCAAACACUACUUAGAUCAAUUGAACCAUAUACUAGGAGUUCUUGGAUCACCAUCCUCUGAGGAUCUUGAAUGCAUCAUAAAUGAAAAAGCACGAAAUUAUCUUCAAUCAUUACCAUAUAAACCAAAGGUUCCGUGGACAAGUUUAUUUCCAAAUGCUGAUCUCCGAGCUUUGGAUUUAUUAGAUAAAAUGUUAACAUUUAAUCCUAACAAACGAAUUGUUGUGGAAGAUGCACUCGCACAUCCUUAUUUAGAGCAAUAUUAUGAUCCAGCUGACGAACCGGUUGCAGAAGAACCGUUUAAAUUUGACAUGGAGUUAGAUGAUCUUCCAAAAGAAGUAUUAAAACAAUAUAUCUUCGACGAGACUCUGUUAUUCCAAAGGAAUCAUCAAGAGAACGCUAUCUGCGAUGAGCCUGUGGAGCGGCCAAAAAGAGGGCGAAGAUGUGACGUUAAAGUAACAGAAGUGUACUUCUUUUACAGUUUAUGAUUGAAGCAAAAAAAAAAAAAAAGAUA